UGGCCUCUCCACCCCGCCCCCUCCACUCCCCCCCACUCCCUCCCACUCCCUUCCAGGCACAGCCCGCGGCCGCCACUCCGCCUGGCCACACCUCCGGGCUGCCAAGGGUUAAGGCAGCAGUGAGAGGAGAGGUUCGGGCUGACGUCGCGCUGGCUGAAGGUGGUUCCCCUCCGAUGAGGAUGGGAGAGCCUGGCGAGCUGAAACCCGAGCUCCCGCUCCGCUGGGGCUUGGGGAGGUCCCUGUAAGAGCCGCCUGCUGCUGGCCUCCCGAGGUCCUGGUCUCUCCCCAGCAGACACUCGGUCACCGGCACUGGCUGCGGGAGCAAUGGAGCUGGGCUGGUGGACGCAGUUGGGGUUCACUUUUCUGCAGCUGCUUCUCAUCUCCUCCCUGCCAAGAGAGUACACCGUCAUUAAUGAAGGCUGCCCCGGAGCGGAGUGGAAUAUCAUGUGUCGGGAGUGUUGUGAAUAUGACCAGAUCAAAUGCGUGUGCCCUGGGAGGAAGGAAGUGGUAGGCUACACCAUCCCGUGCUGCAGGAACGAGGAGAAUGAGUGUGACUCCUGCCUCAUACACCCAGGCUGCACCAUCUUUGAAAAUUGCAAGACCUGUCGCAAUGGCUCCUGGGGCGGGGCCCUGGAUGACUUCUACGUGAAGGGGAUCUACUGUGCCGAGUGCCGAGCGGGCUGGUACGGAGGCGACUGCAUGCGAUGUGGUCAGGUUCUGCGGGCCCCGAAGGGUCAGAUUUUACUGGAGAGUUAUCCCCUGAAUGCUCACUGCGAGUGGACCAUUCACACCAAACCUGGCUUUAUUAUCCAGCUCAGGUUUGUCAUGCUGAGCCUGGAGUUCGACUAUAUGUGCCAGUAUGACUAUGUUGAGGUCCGUGACGGGGACAACAGUGACAGCCAGAUCAUCAAGCGUUUCUGUGGCAACGAGCGGCCGGCUCCCAUUCAAAGCACCGGCUCCUCGCUCCAUGUCCUCUUCCAUUCAGAUGGCUCCAAGAAUUUUGAUGGCUUCCAUGCCAUUUUUGAGGAGGUCACAGCCUGUUCCUCAGCCCCGUGUUUUCAUGAUGGCACUUGUGUCCUAGUGCAAACUGGGGUGUACAAAUGUGCCUGUCUGGCAGGUUACACUGGGCAACACUGUGAAAACCUUCUUGAAGAAACAAACUGCUCAGACCCAGGGGGCCCAGUCAAUGGGUACAAGAAAAUAACAGCAGGCCCUGGGCUUAUCAAUGGUCAUUCUGCAAAAGUUGGCACGGUUGUGUCCUUCUUUUGCAACAACUCAUAUGUUCUCAGUGGCAAUGAGAAGAGAAUUUGCCAGCAGAAUGGAGAGUGGUCGGGGAAGCAACCCAUUUGCAUAAAAGCCUGCCGAGAACCCAAGAUCUCAGACCUGGUGAGACGGAGAGUUCUUCCCAUGCAGGUUCAGUCAAGAGAGACACCCCUACACCAGCUGUACUCGUCAGCCUUCAGCAAGCAGAACCUGCCGGAUGCCCCGACCAAGAAGCCGGCCCUCCCCUUUGGAGACCUGCCUCCUGGGUACCAGCAUCUGCACACCCAGCUCCAGUACGAGUGCAUCUCGCCCUUCUACCGCCGCCUGGGCAGCAGCCGGAGGACAUGUCUGAGGACCGGAAAGUGGAGCGGGCGCGCCCCAUCCUGUGUCCCAAUCUGUGGGAAAACUGAGAACAUCACCACUCCCAAGACCCAGGGGACACGCUGGCCAUGGCAGGCGGCCAUCUACAGGAGGGCCAGUGGCGCGCACGGCGGCAGCCUACACAAGGGCACGUGGUUCCUCGUCUGCAGCGGCGCCCUGGUGAAUGAGCGCACGGUGGUGGUGGCUGCCCACUGUGUGACUGAGCUGGGGAAGGUCACCGUGAUCAAGACAGCAGACCUCAAAGUCGUCCUGGGGAAGUUCUACCGGGAUGACGAUCGGGAUGAGAAGACCAUCCAGAGUUUGCGGAUUUCUGCGAUCAUUCUGCACCCCAACUAUGACCCCAUCCUGCUGGAUGCUGACAUCGCCAUCCUGAAGCUGCUUGACAAGGCCCGCAUCAGCACCCGGGUCCAACCCAUCUGCCUCGCAGCCAGUCGGGACCUCAGCACCUCAUUCCAGGAGAUGCGCAUCACCGUGGCUGGCUGGAACGUCCUCACGGACGUGAGCAGCCCUGGCUUCAAGAACGACACACUGCGCUCGGGGGUGGUCAGGGUGGUGGACUCGCUCCUGUGUGAGGAGCAGCACGAAGAUCAUGGCAUCCCUGUGAGUGUCACGGACAACAUGUUCUGCUCCAGCUGGGACCCCAGUGCCCCUUCCAACAUCUGCACAGCAGAGACAGGGGGCAUCGCCGCUGUGUCAUUCCCAGGCCGGGCAUCCCCCGAGCCACGCUGGCAUCUGGUAGGGCUGGUCACCUGGAGCUAUGACAAGACCUGCAGCCAUAGCCUCUACACAGCCUUCACCAAGGUGCUGCCUUUUAAAGACUGGAUAGAGCGAAACAUGAAGUGAGCUGCAGGCACACGCAGCGGCUUUUCCGCUAUCCGGAUCUGUGUGUACAAAGCAGCAUGGCUCCGAAGUAUGGUUUUGCCCAUGAAUUGGGCUGUGCCUGGGCAUCUGAGUUCAGGGACAAAACUCAGCAGAAGGGGAGCAGAGCUCUUUUUCUGGAAAGCCAUGUCCUCCCAGGCAUGUCAACCACCUAGAAGAUGUUGUAGCUUGUAAGAAUUUCUACACAAAAGACUGUGACUAGCACAGUAGAUGCCCCCCAGCCAGCUGACCUGGUGGCCUUGCCCUCUGCCUUUCAGUGCUGAGAAUGUCACGGUCGCUCUGCUGGAAAGAGGGUCGACUGGGAGGCGUGGACUUCAUGAGGUCUCUUGCAGAGCUCCUGCCAGACCAAGUUCCAAAGAGCCACCUGCAGGCCAGCCCAGGCAGCCGACUUAGAAGUGGCUGGGCCUCAAACAGACCUCCUCGGUGUGAUGUGUCCUCUCUUUUCUAGUCCCCUGUGCACAUUUUAGUAAGACGCAGGUUGGCUUCUGACCUACAGAGAACAUUGCUACCACUCUGCUUCCUGUUUGCGCCCUCUCUGAGCUACAUGUCAGGUUGAUGGUUUGGUGACAGCUCUUGAAACUAGAUCCCAUAUGUCUAAGUCCCCAGUCAUCAUCUGGCCAAGCUGAUGUUACCUUUUCAGUACCAGCCCUUACAGUUUGCUGGGCCGUGGACUGGGGGAGAGAGACUUGGGUCCCAUCUGGUAAGGCACAAACAGAAUUGUGUCUCCUCCGAUAAGGCACAAACAGUGGAAAACACCAGGAAUUCGAUGAUUUCUGGGGUGACUCUGACUUUGGUGUUUUAGAUCUAGCACAAACUCUGCUUGAGUCUCUGUGAAACUUUUUGAUCUAUUUUCAUAGAAUCUUCUGUUUACUUACGCAAGAUUGAG